AUGGCGGGUAACACGAUUCAGUACUAUCACCAUGGUCGCUUCGCUGUCGCAGGGGGUGUCUUACCCGAUGCGGUGACUGCUUACCAGACAUACGGAGAACCGUCAAACCCGUGCAUCGUGUUCCCUACGUGCUAUGGGGCCAAACUUGGGCUAGGCAGUCAGCUGUACCUGGUCGGGGAGGAUAAGGCACUGGAUACGAGGAAGUACUUCGUCGUAACUUUCGCGUUAUUCUCAAAUGGCGAGUCGUCGUCGCCUUCUAACACGCCCGUGCCUUACAAUGGGCCCUACUUUCCAGCGGUCUCGUACGAGGACAAUAUACGUGCGCAAUAUGCUGUCCUUCAGGACCUUGGCGUCAAGAAAGUCCGCUGUGUCGUAGGUUUCUCGAUGGGUGGACAACAGGCUUACCACUGGGCGACAAUUUACCCUGAUUUCGUGGAACGGUUUGCAGCUAUCUGUUCUUCGGCGCGGACCAGCCCGCAUAACAAAUGGUAUCGCUGCCCUAAAGCCGCGCUGAAGGCAUCGCGCGACUUCCACGAUGGACACUACACUUCUCCGCCCGAGGUCGGAGUCCGGGCAUUCGCCAGAGCGUAUAGCGCUUGGGCGUAUGGACAGGCGUGGUUCCGUGACCAUCUGUACCAGAUGGGUGGCCUGUAUCCGACGCUAGAAGCCUUUCUGAAGGAAGGAUGGGAGGGGCGAUUUGUGGCUAAUUGGGACGCAAACGACAUGCUCACGCUCCUCGAUACAUGGCAGCGUGGAGACAUCUCCAUAGUCCGGAACGGAGAUGAUUUCACGAAUGCAUUACGGUCUAUCACAGCGAAGGCCCUGAUUAUGCCUUGCAAAACGGAUCUCUAUUUUUGUCCCGAAGACAGCGUGAACGAAGUGUCCAUGCUGAGAGAUGCUGAGCUAGCGGUUAUCGAUAGUGUUUGGGGACACGCGGCGGGCGGAGGCGCCAAUGCUGCGGAUGUUGCCUUCAUAACGAAAAAGAUCACGGAAUUCCUAGCCUAA